UGAGCUGUGGGGGCUUGUGGGUAGGACGUCCAGGUCAGCCAUAUUGUCUUCUCCAACCGCUUGAAGGAGAGAGAACGAGAGAAUGAAAGGGAUUCGGGGAAUAAGCCAGUUGUCGAGGAGGCUGUAUGCAGCACAGGCUGCCUGUAAGGUUGAGGCUUCCGAAGCACUCAGGUUCGUGCCACAGGAGGUGCAGGUGACCAAAUUGCCCAGCGGCCUUGUGAUUGCUUCCCUGGAGAACUAUUCUCCGGCCUCUCGUAUCGGUGUUCUUGUGAAGGCUGGCAGUCGUUAUGAGCCCCACGACAGCCUGGGUGUCACACACGUGCUCCGGCUGGCGAGUGGUCUGACAACCAAAGGAGCCUCUGCGUUCAGGAUCUGCCGUGGCAUUGAGGCUGUUGGAGGAAGUCUUGGAGUGUCCACAACCCGGGAAACCAUGGUCUACACCGUGGACUGUUUGAGAGAUCACAUUGACACAGUCAUGGAGUAUCUGAUCAAUGUGACCACUGCACCAGAGUUUCGGCCAUGGGAGCUGUCUGACCUCGCUCCCAGAGUGAAAUUGGACAACGCCAUCGCCAGCCAGAACCCACAAAUUGGUCUGCUUGAGAGUCUGCAUGCUGCUGCUUACAAGAACGCCCUUUCCAACUCUCUGUACUGCCCAGAGUACAUGGUGGGCAAAAUCACCACAGAUCAGUUGCAUGCCUUCAUUCAAAACAAUUUUACAAGUGCAAGAAUGGCACUCGUUGGCCUUGGUGUGGACCACACUGUUCUCAAACAAGUAGGAGAGCAGUUCCUGAAUAUCCGUAGUGGAGCAGGCACUGUCGGGUCAAAAGCCCUGUACCGUGGAGGCGAGCUGCGGGCUCAGACCGGAGGCAGCCUGGUGCAUUCAGCUGUGGUGAGCGAGAGUGUAGCAGCCAGCUCUGCCGAGGCUGUAGCUUUCAGCGUGCUGCAGCAUGUUCUGGGAGCUGGACCGCACGUCAAGAGAGGCUCCAACACCACCAACAAACUGAGCCAGGCCAUCUCCAAGGCUACGGCUCAGCCCUUCGACGCCUCUGCGUUCAAUGCCAGUUACUCUGACUCUGGGCUGUUUGGAGUGUACACGAUCUCCCAGGCUGAUUCAGCUAGAGAUGUGAUCAAGGCUGCUGUUGGCCAAGUCAGUGCUAUUGCACAAGGAAACCUGGCUGCAGAGGAUCUCCGCAGAGCCAAGACACAGUUGAAGGCUGAAUACCUUAUGUCCAUUGAGACUUCAGAAGGCCUUCUGGAAACUAUUGGGACACAGGCACUGACCGAGGGCACUUACCAUACUCCAGAGGCAAUAGCCCAAAAAAUUGAUGCUGUGUCUUCAAGUGAUGUCAUCAAUGCAGCAAAAAAGUUCAUGUCUGGGAAGAAGUCAAUGGCUUCCAGUGGCCAUCUGGUCAACACGCCUUUUGUCGAUGAAAUCUGAAUGUCCUUUGGUGUUCCACUAAUUUUGUCACCUCUGCCUAACUCUGUUUUAAAAAAAAAAAAAACACAAAAAGACCACAGUUCCAAGACGCAUACUGUCAUGCACAAAGUGAUUAUGCCGUCAUCUCCAGUUGGUGUUGAAAUAUCUUGUAAGGGGGGAAAAGACGACACCUCAUGCCUGUCCAUUUGAAAUGUAUAGCACAUGUAAACUAAUAAAGUGUAUUAGAAAAA